AUUGCGAGCUGUUCAGAGUUGUUGUAAAAAACGAUUUGAAAAGUUAUUAGCUGGAAAAUAAAGGCUUUACAUGCACUAGGAUUUUAUAUAUUUGACUAUAACAAUAAUACAAUUUACAGAACACAUCUUGAAGUUCAAAAUUCAAAAAAGAUAAAGAGGCGAUAAGAAAACAGGCAGCUAUGCAAAAAUAACCUAUUCGUUCUAACAAAAAAAUAUAAACCGUGUUAACAACUCAUGUUUUAGAUCUAAACAAAAAAACAAUGCGUUACGCUCAGUUAAUAGUGGGACCAGCCGGAAGUGGAAAGUCAACAUACUGCUCUACAAUAGUGAAACAUGCAAUGGACUCCAAACGCAUUGUAGAUGUAGUAAACUUGGACCCAGCAGCUGAACACUUUGACUAUGAGCCACUCGUAGACAUCAGAGAACUAAUACACCUUGAUGAUGCUAUGGAAGAUGAGGAAUUGCAAUUUGGACCAAAUGGUGGUCUAGUGUUUUGUAUUGAGACCCUCUUAGAGAAUUCUGACUGGUUAGAGGAGCAACUUGGAGAUGUUGAUGAUGAUUACAUUUUAUUUGACUGUCCAGGACAGAUUGAGUUGUACACCCAUCUGCCGGUUAUGAGAAGAUUGGUUGAUUUGCUUCAGAAUUGGAACUUUAGGAUAUGUGUAGUGUUCUUAGUGGACUCGCAGUUCAUGAUUGAUGGUGCAAAAUUUUUAUCAGGUACAAUGGCUGCACUAAGUGUAAUGGUGAAUCUGGAACUACCACACGUCAAUGUUCUCACUAAAAUGGAUCUACUCAGUAAAACUGCUAGAAAACAAAUAGACAAUUACUUAGAUCCCGAUCCACACGUAUUGUUAUCAGAUAUGAGAAACGCUCAUUCGAAAUGGCACGAAAAGUAUGCUAAACUGACUGAAGCAAUUGGAGAGGUGGUGGAAAAUUUCAGUUUAGUUAGAUUCUAUCCAUUGAACAUACGAGAUGAAGAGAGCAUAGAAAAUAUUAUGCUGACUGUAGACAAUAUUAUACAAUAUGGCGAAGAUGCAGAUGUUAAAAUAAAAGAUUUUGACGAAUUGGAACCGGAACAUAAUGAAAUUGGCGAUGAUUAAAUUAUUUGAAAGUAA